UGACGUAAGUGAUGGUGUCUGUUAAAUUCAUUUUAUUGUCGCCUAGAUAACCUGCACUUGGUUCUGCUUUUUCAAUAAAUAUACCUAACAGGCAACUCCGGCAACCAAAGUAACUAAGUUAGUUUCUGGAAGAUAAAGAGAGUAGAGUCUAGCUGUCUUCCACCAGUGUCCCUCCGGUUCAUACACAGAGUGCGGCACAUCUUCCACUGAGGUGAAAUAGAAACGGUUCCAGGAAAUCGAUUACUUGUGCCACUGCUCUUUCUCUUGGCAACUGAACGACGGGCUGCGAGAUUGCUUGUGAGCUUGGUUUGGAAGAAGACCUAAAUUGAAGAGCGACUAAAACGUUUAGGGGAGUUUAGGUUACUUAUUGAAAGAUUCUGCGAAAACAGAUGCUGGCACUAAGACCGCACUCAGUCAGCUGUAUAAGGAAAUAAGCGAACAGGAAACCACUCACCCAGAGGCGGUGCUCCUAGUGGCCGGAAACUUUGUGCUCUCUACUCCCGCAUGGCAAGCGGUACCAGAGUGCCAAGUCUAGGACAAAAAGGCUUCUCAACAGUUUUUACCCCCAAGCCAUAAGACUCCUAAACAGGUGCCAAGAUGUCAAAUGAGGUUGAUGCGGGGGACUAUGGGCCAAUGAAACGGCUCAGUACCUUGUUUUCAACCCUCCAGGAUAAGUUCCACAGAGACCGGAGUGAUAGGGAUUUGACCCUGCCUCAGCCUACUGCCCCAGCCCUCGCGGCGACCUCUUUCUUUGAGUACCUGGUGGUGGUCAGCCUAGGGAAGAAGAGGGGGCAAGGGACGUAUGAACCCCAGAUCACAUAUCAGUUUCCCAAGCUUGCUAAUAUGGGGCGCUCACAGAGCGAGGAAGAAGAGAAGUCCCUGAAAGCCAUCCUCCUCUUCUGUUUCCCAGAGGGGGUCAACUGGGCCCCCCUCACUGAAUACCCCAGUGAGACCUUCUCCUUUGUUCUGACGGAGGUCGACGGCAGUAGGAGGAAUGGCUACUGCAGGAGGUUACUGCCCCAUGGCAAAGGGGCACGGGCUCCGGAGGCCUAUUGCAUCAUCAGCCAGGUGGCCUGCUUUGGACUCUUCUCUAAGAUCUUUGAUGAGGUGGAGAAGCGCCGGCAGAUCUCUAUGGCGAUGAUCUAUCCAUUCAUGCAGAGCCUGAGGGAGGCGCCGUUCCCUGCUCCUGGAAACACUGUCACGAUCAAGAGCUUCAUUCCAGAGUCUGGAACAGAGAUCAUCAGUUUGACGAGGCCGUUGGACUCAUGGUUGGAGCAUGUGGAUUUCCGGACACUGUUCCGCUGUCUCACAAAUGAGGAGGUGCUGAAGGUGUUUGCAUCCACCGUGCUUGAACGACGAAUCAUCUUCAUGGCUGAGGAACUCAGUACCCUGUCCCAGGUGCUGCAUGCAGUUGUGGCGCUGCUCUACCCAUUCACAUGGCAACACACCUUCAUCUCCAUCGUUCCCUCAGUGCUGAUUGAUGUCGUCAUGGCACCCACUCCCUACCUACUUGGUGUCCAAAGGAACAAACUGGAUGAUGUCAUCGACCAGAGCGAUAUGCUCAUUGUGGAUCUGACAGAAGGAGCAGAGAACACCUUCAUAACCUGUAUAGGAGACGAGAGCACCAUCCUACCAGAGAAACUACAGGAGGAGCUUCUCCAGGCCUUGUGUUGCAGAAAAGACAACUCCACCUCAGAGGAGUUAAACAAGGUGGUCUCGGAGGCCUUCCUCUCCUUCUUUGUGAAGACGGUGGGUCACUUCUCCUCCCAUGUCAAAGGCAGCAGCGGUAGGCAGCCCGGAGUGUUCCAGAAGAAGAGCUUCUGCAAGGCCUCCGAGCACAAGGCCAGCCAACAUUUUGUCAAGCGUUUUAUCCAGACACAGAUGUUUGACGUCUUCAUACAAGAAGUGGAGAGACGGCCCACACAGGAAGGAUUCUUCCACCAAAAAAUUGCAGAGUACCAAGAGAGUAAGAAGAAAGAGAAAGCAAAGAGAGGACAAUUACCAAAAACACACCACCAGGCUGUGUAAGGACUAUUUGACCAAGGAGAGUGAUGAAGUGCGGCAUCAGAUGACCUGGCCUCCACAAUCACCUGACCUCAACCCAAUAGAGAUGGUUUGGGAAUAGUUGGACCGCUGAGUAAAGGAAGCCAACAAGUGCUCAGCAUAUGUGGGAACUCCUUCAAGACUGUUUGAAAAGCAUUCCAGGUGAAGGUGGUUGAGAGAAUGUCAAGAGUGCGCAAAGCUGUCAUCAAGGCAAUGGGUGGCUACUUUGAAGAAUCUCAUUUUGAUUUGUUUAACUUUUUUUGGUUACUACAUGAUUAUUUCAUAGUUUUGGUGUCUUCACUAUUCUACAAUGUAGAAAAUAGUAAAAAUAAAGAAAUCCUGGAAUGAGUAGAUAUGUCAACUUUUGACUGUAUAUGGCACAAUUCUGACUGUAUAUGGUCCCUUGUUUUGGUUCUUAAAUACAAGUGACAUACCUUUAUUUGAAUCGGAAUUGUCUUUAACCAAUGUUGGUCUUUAAUGCAGGGCAAACAGACAAGUUCCUUACUUUUUCCCACUUCCACUUGCCUCUUCCAUUUUUGCGGUAAUGCUGGAUUUAGUUGGUUGUAUUUUUGGGUAGAGUGGACAUUUCCAUAUUUUUUUGGGGUAGCUGCAUGUGUAAAAAAAAUAAAGUCGCACACUCCAUGUAUAAUCUCCCAGCAAUUUGAAUGGGUAUUUACCAACGUUUCGGCAUCACUGUGCCUUCUUCAGGCUAAUGUCAUGAAUACUUGAACCAGGUUAUGUAGACAAACAGUUAGUGUAACCAAUGACAAUAGUGAGAGGUGUCAUAAUGAUUAAGUUAAUUAACAUUAACUAGUGACACUGUUACAAAAUACUACAUGGCAUAUUAAAUAUAUUACGCUAUUGUUAUCAUAUAGAAACAUAAUGGAAUAUUGUACAUCAUAUUAGCAUCAACAUACAUUAUUAUUUCAUUCAAUUUCACAAUUUUGUAUUUCAUUUUUGUUCCAUGUAAUCUUUUGGUUCAACCUUAAUAUAUAAUGAACAUCAUCAACAGGGGGAACAUAUUAGCGUACACCUAAUAAGCUGUAAAAAGAUUUUUUCAAUUUAUAAGACUUGUUCAUGAAGGAAAAUUUGUUCAUAAGAAAGGCCUGGGAUCAAAGUCAAUAUUCAGACCACUAGGGGUCAAUGUUUUUAGAUAGGAUAUCCAGUAAGCCUCCCUUUGUAGUAGUAGGAUCUCGAUGUUACCUCAUCUCCUUGGUAGAGCAACAUGCUCAAUGCCCGUGUAUUUGAGGGAGGAGAUGAGCUGCUACUGGAUAGUCAAAGUUCUUACACCUGAUUGAGCUACGUUGUUCAGCUAUGCGUUUUAAUUGUCUUUUCGUUUGUCCUACGUAGGCUUUUCCACAUGAACAGGUGAUGAGAUUACUCUAUUGGUCUUGCAUGAGAUGAUACCCCUAACAGGGAUUUUUCAACCUGUAUGUGGGUGUCUGAAGAAAUACGUUUUUAUAGUGCUACUGCACUGUGCAUGAGCCACAUUCGUAGUUCCCAUUUGGGAUAGGUGUCUGAGUGGGCUCAGGGGGCAUGUCAGAUCUCAAACUAUCUCCAAUAUUGCGACCACGCUUAUAGACCACCAGUGGGGGUUUCGUGAAGAGAUGUGCAAUUUUUUUGUCUGAUUGCAGAAUAUCCAGUGCUUUUUCAGGAUACCUUUCAUUUUUCUCCAAUCCCUUGGUGUACUUAGUGCAAAAGAUGGUUGCGUUGUUUUUCUUCUUUGGUUGAGUUUUUAGUAAUUCCUCUCUUGGUUUAAGAUUGCAGCAGCAAGAGUUUUUUUUUCCUUGUAGCCUCUCAUUCUGAAUUUCUGUCAUUUUUUUAGCAUUGCUUUCAAAAUCUGUCUGGUGGCCACAGAUUCGUUGAACCCUGCAUAACUGGCUGUAUGUGUAGACCAUUCUUGAGGGGAAGGGGAUGCAUACUAUCCACACAUAGCAAGGUAUUGCAGUCUGUGGGCUUUGUGUCCAAGUCUGUGUGUAAUGCAUAAUUCUCUUUGAUAAUCCAUAAGUCCAGGUAGUUUAUUUUUCUCUUAUCAGUCUGCAUGGUGAAUUUGAGGUAUUUAGAGCUCUCGUUUAGUAGAGUUUGGAAUUCAUUUAGUUCCUGCUGACUUCCUUCCCAGAGCACAAAGACAUCAGCUAUGUAUCUUUUCCAUAGAAGUAUUUUAGAAAGUAAGGGGUGUGUCUGUUUUUUAUAAAGGAAUGCUUCUUCAAAUUGUCCCACAUACAGGUUUGCAUAGUUGGGGGAAAAAGGGGAGCCCAUGGCUACACCCUGAAUUUGAAGGAAAAAGUCUGACUCAAAGACAAAGUAGUUAUGGGAUAAUACCAGUUCAGUAAGUUGUAAGAUGCAAUCAUUAGAUGGAGCAAGGGUAGAGUCUCUCUGCUGAAGGAAGUGUUGCAGCACCUGCAAGCCUCCAGUGUGUGGGAUGUUAGCGUACAAGCUCUCCACAUCAAAAGUGGCCAGCAGGGUGCCCUCUGGUAACCUUCCUAAGCCCUCUAUCAAUGAGAUCAUGUGACUAGUGUCUUUGACAUAAGAUGGGAGAUUCUCAACCAUCGGUUUAAUGUGGUGAUCCACAAAUUUAGAAUUGUUGGAUGUCAGAGUCGAUUGCUGCUACAAUGGGUCUACCUGGGCAACUCCAUCAGUCCUAUUUAUAUCAUUUACAACGAUUUAUAUUUUUAUCAAUUUAUUAUGUGACUUUAACCACAAUAAUUGUGUUUGUGCUGUCUUUUCUGGUGGAUUAAACUGAAAUUUCAACUAA